UCACCGGAAAGAAGGAGGAACUGCUUUUAUUAUCGCCUGAGAGCUGCUGUAAUGGCGGUGUCUCGACGCUCAUCGCAGCAGCAACAACAGCAAAAUACUUUACAGUCUCCGCCGAGAAACAGCUCUCUUUCUGGCGCUCCUCCGGGCUCUCCGCCGAUGGCUUUGCUGACCUCGGCCGUCGGACCUUCGGAGAAUGAGAGGGAGUGCAGCGGAGGGAUUGAAAUGGCUCUGGCCUCCCCAGACCUACCAGCCCCGGCCUUAGCGAGCAGUGCGAGCUCCACCACGACAACCUCUGGCGGAGGUAGCAGCAGCGUUUCGAGCCCUGGCUCUGGAGCUGCCAGUCCCACCGACGGCAGUAGCGGCAUCGGCGGGGCGUUCAGGGAGUUGUUCGAGGCCUGUCGUAAUGGAGACGUAUCCAGAGUAAAGAGACUUGUGGAUUCGGUGAAUGUAAACGCGAAGGACAUGGCUGGUCGAAAAUCAACCCCCCUUCAUUUCGCUGCGGGCUUUGGUAGAAAAGAUGUUGUGGAGCACCUUCUGCAGACUGGGGCCAAUGUUCACGCCAGGGAUGAUGGAGGUCUCAUCCCCCUGCAUAAUGCCUGCUCUUUUGGACACGCAGAAGUCGUCAGCCUCCUCUUGUGUCAAGGCGCAGAUCCAAAUGCCAGAGACAACUGGAACUACACUCCGUUACAUGAGGCUGCCAUCAAGGGAAAGAUAGAUGUGUGCAUUGUGUUACUACAGCACGGAGCUGAUCCUAACAUCCGCAACACCGAUGGCAAGUCUGCUCUGGAUCUGGCUGACCCAUCAGCCAAGGCGGUUCUCACUGGUGAAUACAAGAAGGAUGAGCUUUUGGAAGCAGCAAGGAGUGGAAAUGAAGAAAAACUGAUGGCAUUGCUGACUCCAUUAAAUGUCAACUGUCACGCCAGCGAUGGUCGCAAGUCUACACCGCUGCACCUGGCUGCCGGCUACAACCGGGUCCGCAUCGUUCAGCUCCUCCUUCAGCAUGGGGCUGAUGUUCACGCCAAGGACAAAGGUGGUCUGGUUCCUCUUCACAACGCCUGCUCCUACGGUCACUACGAGGUCACUGAGCUUCUGCUUAAACAUGGAGCCUGUGUGAAUGCCAUGGACCUGUGGCAGUUCACUCCCCUCCACGAGGCAGCGUCCAAGAACCGAGUGGAGGUUUGUUCCUUGCUGCUAAGCCACGGGGCCGACCCCACCCUCCUAAACUGCCACAGCAAGAGCGCUGUGGACAUGGCUCCGACUCCAGAGCUGAAAGAAAGGCUCACCUAUGAGUUCAAAGGUCACUCAUUGCUGCAGGCAGCUAGGGAGGCUGACGUGGCCAAAGUGAAGAAGACACUGGCUCUGGAAAUUAUCAGCUUCAAACAUCCUCAGACCAACGAAACAGCUCUGCACUGUGCUGUGGCUUCACCCCACCCUAAGAGAAAGCAGGUGACCGAGUUGUUACUGCGUAAAGGUGCCAACAUCAAUGAGAAGAACAAAGACUUCAUGACCCCGUUGCAUGUCGCUGCCGAGAGAGCUCACAAUGAUAUCCUUGAGGUGCUGCAGAAACAUGGAGCAAAGGUCAAUGCUGUGGACACUCUGGGUCAGACAGCUCUUCACAGAGCGGCGCUGGCUGGUCACAUCCAGACCUGCAAGCUGCUGCUGAGUUACGGGGCCGACCCCUCCAUCGUGUCUCUGCAGGGCUUCACUGCCGCUCAGAUGGGCAACGAGGCUGUGCAACAGAUUCUCAACGAAAAUGUUCCCACACGUAACUCUGAUGUGGACUACAGGUUUCUGGAGGCGGCCAAAGCAGGAGAUCUGGAUACAGUGCAACAACUUUGCACCCCCCAGAAUGUAAACUGUCGGGACUUGGAGGGCCGCCACUCCACUCCUCUGCACUUUGCGGCCGGUUACAAUCGAGUGGCUGUUGUUGAAUACCUGCUACACCACGGAGCUGACGUUCAUGCCAAAGACAAGGGUGGUCUUGUUCCCCUCCACAAUGCAUGCUCCUAUGGUCACUAUGAAGUGGCCGAGCUGCUGGUCAGACAUGGAGCUUCAGUGAACGUGGCCGACCUUUGGAAGUUCACCCCUCUUCAUGAGGCUGCGGCCAAAGGAAAAUAUGAAAUCUGCAAACUGUUACUCAAACAUGGAGCUGACCCAAGCAAGAAGAACCGUGAUGGGAACAUGCCGCUGGACAUGGUGAAAGAUGGCGACACGGACAUCCAGGACCUGCUGAGGGGCGAUGCCGCCCUGCUGGAUGCUGCCAAGAAGGGCUGCCUGGCCCGGGUCCAGAAGCUCUGCUCACCGGAGAAUAUCAACUGCAGAGACACACAGGGGCGCAACUCCACACCGCUUCACCUCGCAGCUGGCUACAACAACCUUGAGGUGGCAGAGUAUCUAUUAGAACAUGGGGCCGACGUCAACGCACAGGACAAAGGAGGCCUUAUCCCUCUUCAUAAUGCUGCCUCUUACGGGCAUGUGGAUAUUGCAGCCCUUCUGAUCAAAUACAACACGUGUGUGAAUGCCACAGACAAAUGGGCGUUCACACCCCUCCAUGAAGCAGCUCAGAAAGGUCGCACACAGCUCUGUGCAUUGCUGCUGGCUCAUGGAGCCGACCCCACCAUGAAGAACCAGGAGGGGCAGACUGCUCUGGAUCUGGCUACGGCUGAUGACAUCCGAGCCCUGCUGAUGGAUGCCAUGCCACCGGAUGCCCUGCCCAGCUGCUUUAAGCCUCAGGCCACAGUGGUCAGCGCCUCUGUCAUCUCCCCUGCCUCCACGCCUUCUUGUCUCUCAGCUGCCAGCAGCAUAGACAACCUCGCUGCCCUCACUGAGCUGGCUGCUGCCGCUGCUACAGGGACCUCUGGGGUAGCAGAUGGAGCCACUGGCACUGACCGCAAGGAAGGGGAAAUGGCAAUGCUGGACAUGAACAUAAGUCAAUUCCUGAAGAGCCUGGGCCUGGAGCACCUCAGGGACAUCUUUGAAAGAGAGCAGAUCACACUGGAUGUGCUGGCUGACAUGGGCCACGAGGAGCUGAAGGAGAUCGGGAUUAACGCAUACGGCCACCGACACAAGCUCAUCAAGGGAGUUGAGAGGCUGCUGGGCGGCCAACAAGGUGGCAACCCAUACCUGACAUUCCACUGUGCCAGCCAGGGAACCAUUCUUAUAGACCUCGCCCCAGAGGACAAGGAGUACCAGUCAGUGGAGGAGGAGAUGCAGAGCACCAUCAGAGAGCACAGAGAUGGAGGCAAUGCUGGUGGUGUCUUCAGCAGAUACAACAUCAUUAAGAUUCAAAAGGUGGUAAACAAGAAGCUGAGGGAACGUUACACCCACAGGCAGAAGGAGAUCGCAGAUGAGAACCACAACCAUCACAAUGAGCGGAUGUUGUUUCACGGUUCCCCAUUUAUCAAUGCCAUCAUUCACAAAGGCUUUGAUGAGCGUCACGCCUACAUAGGAGGGAUGUUUGGAGCAGGUAUCUAUUUUGCAGAGAACUCCUCAAAAAGCAAUCAAUACGUCUACGGCAUCGGUGGAGGCACUGGCUGCCCGACACACAAAGACCGAUCCUGCUACCUGUGCCACAGGCAAAUGCUUUUCUGCCGAGUGACUUUGGGGAAGUCAUUCCUACAGUUCAGUGCCAUGAAGAUGGCUCACGCUCCCCCAGGACAUCAUUCAGUAAUCGGGCGGCCCAGCGUUAACGGCCUAGCUUACGCCGAGUAUGUCAUCUACAGAGGAGAGCAGGCCUACCCGGAGUACCUCAUCACCUACCAGAUCCUUAAGCCUGAGAGCGCAGCGCAGUCUGCAGCAGGAGCCGAGCAGAAGUCGUAGUUACUUCAUGUUACACAAACUCACACAAAGA